AGUGAAAUGUCAAUCUGUUAUCAAAAGAAAACUUUCCGAACUCGUUUACUGCAAUUGAAAUUCGAUACGAAUUCGAUAAAAGUUGUCAAAGAGUAAAAUACAAGUUGUACUUGUAUCGAAAUGGUAAUGUGAAUUGGGAAAUAUUUACGUACGUGUUCCAAUCGCAAUAAGUGAAGUAAUAGAUGUAGUACUUUCAAUAAAGAUAAAGUGUACAAAUAAAGAGAAGAUUGUGCCGAAUCAAGUUUAAUAUCCGAUAUAAUAAAGAGUAUAUAAAGUGCCGGUCGGAAAAUUUUAAUUAAUUGUAAUUUUUUUUAUAUAAAAGUCACCAUGUCUAUUCAAUGGACAUUCAUUGCCGGAUAUCUUUACGUCGAAAUUGCCAUUGUUAUUAUUUUAAUAGCUCCUAUAUUUAGUCCAAGAAAAUGGUAUCAAUUCUUUCGAUCAAGACUCUUUUCAGUUUUUCGAGAGAGAACGGCUAUGUACUUUUACGGUCUAUUGGGUAUCUUGUGCCUGUUCUUAUUUGACUCCAUUAGAGAAAUGAGAAAGUACUCUCAUCCAAGUGAACCCGGCCACAACCAACUAGCGAGUGAAAUGAAAGGAAGUGUAAAAUUAUUUCGAUCUCAAAGAAACUUCUACAUCACAGGAUUUGCAAUAUUCUUAUCAUUUGUUAUCAGAAGAUUAAUAACAAUGAUAAUAAUACAAUAUGAAUUGCAAUUAAAGGCAGAAGCAAUAAUAAAAAAAGCUGAGGAUACUGUAAAAUUAGCAAAAACUACAGUUGUAACACACAGUAUUCAAAGUGAUGACCAAAACUAUGAAGUAAGAAAGCUAAAAUUAGAAGAAAAUGAAAAUUUAUUGGAGGAACAAAAGCUAAGGGUAAAAGACCUAGAAGAAGAAAUAAUUAAAUGGAGACUUAAAUAUGAAGAAGCUAUUAAAAACUCAUCGGGACAAGGAGAUAAAUAAAAAUAAAAAAGGUCAUCUUUUCUAUUACUAGUCGAUUAAUUUUGGUGCUGUAACUACUGAAAAAGAUAUACUGAUAUACUACUGAAAGAGACUUAAAAUUAUUGUGAUACAGAACUGAUAUUGUAAAUUUUUAGUUUUUUGUUACCUAGUUAGAUGUUAUGAACAUAAUUUGCUGUGUGAUAUUUUUCAUUUACAAAAAUUGUUGUUGUAAUUUAAGUUGCAUUCAUGUAUACUUUUACAGAAGUGUAAACAUUAAAAUAAUUAGUGAUUGUUAAAUUCUUACAUCUAAAUAACUAAAAUGUAAAACUUCAAAUGUCAUAUAUUUGCCUAUGUUAUAAUUUGUAUAUUUAAGGUUAACAUGUACUAGAAAUAUUAAAAGUUUUAUACAUUA